CAAGUAACGUUGAAAAUGUAAACGCAAAUCAUUCGGUUGUAAAACUCAGAGAGUUUAAGUGGUGAACAUUGUGCACUUUUAACGAUAGUUGUUUACACACAAUAGUUUCUUCAACUGGUGAGACACAAUUAUAAUAACGCAUCUCUCGCAAUGGAAAACUGGGAAUCGAUUGAACGCUACUUGUUGUCGAAGGAGUACGAAGCUCUUACGUUUGACCAACAGGUCCCACAGAUGCUUUCUGAGCUCAGCAGUAUGCUACACGGGGAGAUAAGUUCAGAUUCGUCCAGCACCGAAUUUUACCAGGACGACCUGGCUUUUAAUAAGCCGAUGCCAGUGCAGGUUCGAAGUCCGUGCGAGCAGUUUAGCAAACUAGACUCUUGUGAAUUGUAUAACCUGGACCAGCAGGGUUCGCCCCAGUCCGAAUCAUCCCAGUCCGACUCGUCCAGGUCCGACUCUACAAGUGACAGUCAAGACUUCUACAGGGACGCACAGUCUUACAAUUACACGUACAGCGAUCUCAGCAGUGACACUUAUAAGUCUUGCAUAGUCCGUAAUACGUGUCUACCAUCCAACGGAUAUUACACGAACGUUUCAAACAGUGGUACUGGGUCUGAACACUGUGGACUUGAAAUCAAGAGCGAGCCUCAUUGGGAGGACGAGCCGACGAGCAAGCGAUUCACAUUUAAUAAUAAUAAUCAUAUUGUGCACAGCGGCGGCGGCGCCACAAGCGUCCAUCCGUGCGGCGUCCCGGAGGACAUUGGGCGGCAGCUACUCAAGGAGUUCGGGAUGGAGGUGGGAGAAGUGUGCCGGCAGCUGCAGAUUGAUGCAGAUCCCAUGUUAUGGAGCCCCCGACAGACACAUGAUUGGGUGCGGUGGCAGUGUCGUCAUUUUCACACGGCGGAUAGCAGCCUCGAGGAAUUCUACAUCCCUGGUUCCACGCUUUGUGCUAUGUCGGAGAGCGAACUACGCACACUGGUUUCCAGCGAAACUACUUCACAUAUCAAAGCGAAGCUGGACAUCUGGCUGUGGGUUAUUCAGCAGACGACACAGAGUUUCGCACCUGCGUUGACCCAGAUCCCUGUACCCCGCUCUCCCACGAUCUCCCCGACCCCCCUCAGCGCAAGUCCGUGUGAAGGCAUGGGCGAGGAGGAGAGUUUCCCCAGUCAUAGUCACGUGGCAACAGGCUCUACCGACGCCGACCGCCUGCCCGACGAGCCCGUGCAUCACCAUCGCCAGACAAUCCAGCUGUGGCAAUUCCUGAAGCUUCUACUGCUCGAUGGCGGCUACACGGACUGCAUCCGGUGGAUGGACAAAUCCAAAGGCAUUUUCAAGAUAGAGAACUCCAACCGGGUGGCAAGGCUCUGGGGCAAGCGAAAGAACAGGCCCGCAAUGAACUAUGACAAACUGAGUCGCUCCAUUCGGCAGUACUACAAGAAGAACAUCAUCAAGAAGACAGAGCAUUCCAAAAGACUCGUUUACCAGUUCUGUAAAUAAAGAACUAGGUGUGGCGUCCUUCCGGAGUUAGUUCUACACAUGUCCCCAUGCAUGUGAUUUGGUGCUUGUUGUUAUUUGGCAAGGCCACGGUCACAGACGUUUGUUACUAAAUUGGUGUAACUUUUGCAUGUAAACGAUGUGCCGUGUGGUACGCCUGAUUCGAUAUGCCAUGUGCCAUUUGGUACGCCUGAUUCGAUAUGACAUUUGUCAGUUUCCAAAUUGGUACUGCAAAGUGCAUUUUCAAUUCGAAAGGCAUCACGUGAUCCUGUCGUGAGAGAGUGGGUCUUAUGCCAAAAGAGGCCAGCGGAUUCGCAGGCUUGUCUUGAGUUUUGCUGGCCGCAUAUGACAUAAGAACCAUUUUCGCAUGACUCAGCACAUACGUGGUUUGGUCAAUAGAGGAAUCCAACGAAGUAAUGAAAAAGAAACAUAUCGUUUUUUGUUCACUGCAAUUGUAAAUGGCAGCUUAUUAUUGUAAACGCUAUCAAUACACAUUUGAAACCGGAUAUGUGAGAUAAUAAUAUGAAGGCGUUUUUUUUUAUUCCCACACAAUGUCCUGUUCCCCUUCUUUAUUAUUUAAUACUUAGUAUCGUGUACCAAAAAUGGAAAUUAAAGCAAGUGUACCGUGAUAAUCUCGAAUUUUUAUGUAAUCUGUUUGCUCAAGAGAUUUGACGGUGUCGCAGGACCUUUUGGUGCAGAAUGUAAGACAUUCCAUGGUAAUAGUUAGUGCUGUAUAUAUACGUAGUUUGUUCCACACGAGUGCUAUUUUCUCAACAUAAUAAUUUAAAUCUAGAAAUGUGUUUUUUUAUGUAAUGUUCACGUAAGGCAUAAUUGUAUAAGUGUAUCAUAGUUAUUUAAUAUGAAGCAUAAUAAUUAAAUGAUUGUCAUAUAACACAUUGUUAUGUAUUAAGAAAAUGUCGUUGGAACAAUUGAGUAUGUUUUGAGGGUAAAAUUUGUAUAUGAUAAAAUGUGCAUUUAUUGAUGGCUUAGCGCUGAUUCAGAUAGAACUACUUUACGACAUGUUCUGUCAACUGUGUUCAUGUUAUAUUUUCUCAUAUAUUUAUAUCAUUAUUGUCAUCACAGAUCGAGUCGCUUCGAUUUUGCCAAGUUAUACCAUAGCAUUGCAAUAAAUAUACUUAGUUUCUGUAAUCGCAUUGUUGUUUUCAUAAUAACGUUAAUUGAACAAUGUUCAAUAAUGUAUUUGCCAAAGAUUAUAAUUUUUUCUAUACUUUGCAUACACUGUAUGCAAAUUUGUUUUAAUACACGUUUGAAUAUUUUAUAGAAAUGUUUUGAUUAUUUAAAAUGAAAUAAAAUUGAUUUUUUUACCAAAA